CAUUAUUUCUUCUUGAAAAUGUAGUAAUGCAAUUAAAAACAGAUCUACGUGCAUAUAGUCAUGAAUAUUAUGCACUGAACAUACUUUUGAGGAAUGUUUAAAAGUAUAAACUUUUCUAAAACAUUUGUAAUCACUUCGGUGCCGGCGAUUUGUUUAGUCAUUUUGUGUUAUCUAUGAUAACAGCUUUAUAGCAGAGGAUUGUGGAGUUAAAUAUUGAAUGAAAAUUUUAAAAAACCUGAAUAUAUUUAAAUAAUAGCAAGUUAUCGAAUACAGUUAACAACAUAUAAGAAAGAUGAAUAAUUUACGGCGAGUUAUGCAGUUAAUUACUUCUAUGAGUGCGUACCAUUUGGGAAAGCGAAUACGAUCCAACCGAGUACAUGGCUUUAUCAUAGGUACUGGUAUUACAUCAAUAGUAUCGGUAUCUGUUGCGAACUUGGCUAGUGAUCCUAAACGUAAAUUGAAUUGUUCAAACUUUAUGGCCCAACCCAUUACAGAUGUAGAUCAUUUAUUAGAGACGGAAAAUAAUAUAAAAACUAAAAUGGAAUUAUUUAUACUAAAAAUACAAGCCGAUUUUUGCCGUGCAUUAGAAGCGGAGGAGUAUGGUGGGCAAAAGUUUAAAGUUGAUCGAUGGCUGCGUCAAGAAGGUGGUGGUGGAAUUACAUGUGUGUUACAGGAUGGUGAAGUAUUUGAAAAAGCUGGCGUAAAUAUAUCUGUUGUAACUGGCAUGCUACCACCUGGUGCAGUUCAACAAAUGCGUUCCCGAGGAAAGAAUUUACAAGAAGGGAGCUUGCCAUUCUUUGCCGCUGGUGUUAGUGCGGUAAUACAUCCACGCAAUCCUAUGGUACCAACAAUACAUUUUAAUUAUAGAUAUUUUGAAAUAGAAAAUAGCAAAACUGAAAGCCAAUGGUGGUUUGGAGGUGGAACCGAUCUUACACCAUAUUACCUCGACGAAAAUGAUGCUACACAUUUUCAUAAAACGCUUAAAGAUGCUUGUGAUGAGCACGAUAGUAACUACUAUCCACGCUUCAAAAAAUGGUGUGAUGACUAUUUUCGAAUAACACAUCGUAAGGAAUGCCGUGGAAUAGGUGGUAUUUUCUUCGAUGACAUAGACACACCAACACAGGAAGAUGCCUUUAAGUUCGUGAAUAGUUGCGCCAAUGCCGUUAUACCUUCUUAUAUGCCAAUUGUACGAAAGCACAAGAAUGAUAAUUACGGUGAUAGAGAACGUCAGUGGCAAUUGUUAAGGCGUGGCAGAUAUGUAGAGUUCAAUCUUAUAUAUGAUCGUGGUACCAAGUUUGGUUUAUAUACACCUGGUGCGCGUUUUGAGAGCAUAUUGAUGUCUUUACCAUUAGUUGCAAGAUGGGAAUAUAUGCAUAACCCUGUUGUUAAUUCGAAAGAGCAGAGUUUGCUUGAUGUAUUGAAAAAUCCAAAAGACUGGAUUAAAACUGAAUAACUACUCUUUAAGAGUUUGCAAGC